AUCAGAGCGCGCCAGGAACGCCCAGGAUGUAUGACUCUGGAUCUGUCGGCUGGGGAUAAAUGGCCCGGGCUGCUGCAGGGGCAAUGCUACGCUUUCCGGCCUUGCGAGAAGUCGGGCGCUUCGCGGCGAUUGGAGCUGCAGUUUCUACUGCGGUGUCGCCGGGAUAACCACAAAGGGCACCGCUUGUCUGUCUCCGUCUCUGACUACCCGUGAAUGCCAGGUGAUACUUAAAUACGCGUGUGUUCUUGGACAGCAUUUAUCAUGGAGUUUCCUGACUUGGGGAAGCACUGUUCAGAACCAACUUGCAAACAGCUAGAUUUUCUGCCAAUAACAUGCGACGCCUGUAAACAAGAUUUCUGUAAAGACCAUUUUUCCUACAUGGGUCAUAAGUGUCCCUUUGCGUUCAAGAAGGACGUGCAGGUGCCUGUGUGUCCACUCUGCAAUGCCCCCAUCCCUGUGAAGAGAGGUGAGAUCCCAGAUGUGGUGGUCGGCGAGCACAUGGACAGAGAUUGCACCUUUCACCCCGGGAGGAACAGAAACAAGGUUUUCACACAUCGCUGCUCCAAAGAGGGAUGCAGGAAGAAGGAGAUGCUGCAGCUGGCUUGUGCUCAGUGCCAUGGCAACUUCUGCAUUCAGCACAGGCAUCCUCUGGACCACAAUUGCCAGGCUGGGAGCAGCUCAGCCAGCAGAGGGAGGACUUCCACGUCCAGAGCUGCUGAGCAGAAGCCAUCGGGAGUCAGUUGGCUGGCCCAGCGACUCAGGCGCACAGUGAAGUGACAGCGAGUCUCCUGCUGGUGCCACACACCAGCUCCUUCCUGUUGGAUUUUGAUCCUGGUGACGUGGCCUCCAACACUUUCCUGCGUCUUCUGCAUCUGAGUCUUUAUAGAAGAGUCUCCCAUUGACUGUUCAAGUUAGGGUGAAUUGAUAGCUCAUUGGGGAAAGUGCUUGCCCCACAAACAUGAGGACCUGAGUUCAUCCCCAGAACUGGAUGUGACUGGUGCACACUUGUAAUCUCAGCACUUGGGAGGUGGUGAGAGGAAAAUCUCCAGGGCUUUCUGACCAGCAGCCUAGCCAUAUUGGAAAGUUCCAGGCCAGAAAGAUGCUGCCUCAAAAACCAAGGUGGACACUUUCUGUGGAGGGACAUCAGAAGUUCACCUCUGGCCACACACACACACGAGGCUGUUCAGCAACUUCUUGAGGUGGGUUAGGUUACCAUAGCAAACAGCUGCAGGGUUCAAGGGCUGAGGACUUGUGUAACUCUCCUCAGUGGUGGCUUUGGCCUGUGCUAAACCCCUCCAGGACUUGGUAUUCCAGAAAAUUCUGUCCUAUGACAGAAAAGAACCACCGUCUGCUCUGUAUUCUCCCCUCCGUGGCUUUUGUAAUAAGGUGCCUUUGAGCACAGUCUACUCAUGGUCCCCAAGAACAAGAGUGGACAGGGUGCCCUUCCCUUACCGCCAGCUGGGGAUGCUCUGGAGGAAGGGUGUGCACUUGGCCUGCAGUGAUGUCUCCAAGGUUGACUUAAGCCACCAGCCUCACCAUGCCAGGACUCCACAUGCCUGGCUUCAGGCUGUUUUGUGGUUUGAGGCAGUGUCUCACUGUGGAGCUCUGGCUAUCAUGGAACUCACCCUGUAGACCACGCUGGCCUUGAACUCAGUGAUCCCCCAGACUCUGCCUCCCAAGUGUGGAUUCACUUUUAACUCCCAAGAAGAGCACCGAGAAAUGAGAGCCAUUUCAGAAAUGUCUGGUUUUGCAAUAGAAGGUUCUCCUCCUCGUGCCAAGUCCCCAUGGCAGCGGCUGAGGGUGUCAGCUGAGGGUGUCCUCGAGCACUUUGUGCAGCAGAAACCCAGACAGAAGAGCGGUGGUUCUGGGCCUUGGGGUGCAGCCACCAUCACUCCUGUGCCACCUGUGUGGCCUGAACCAUGUCUACUCCCAAAUGGCCAUGACAGUGUAGGGGAAGAUGCUUGGGGUACUCUGGUGACCUCAGUAUAAGCAUUUACCCUCACUUUCCAGGACCUUGGGUAUUAGAGACGACAUGGGACCAACCACCCAGCUGGUUUUGACUUUUGCCCUUAGUUCUGACAGCCUUUGGGACAGUUAACUGCAUAAAUUCCAUACACAGCAGCUUUGUGCAGGGUUUGUGGCCUCUACCUGGCAUGGGAGGCGGGGGUGGUUUCUAUCACUCUGUUCUCUAAGCCAGUGCCUCUCGUCACAUCAGUCCAGCUCUAGACUUACCGGUGCACUCAUCCUGGCCCCAGUGCCUGGUUAGAUUGGGGGUGGGGGGCUGGGGGGGAUUUGCUUUUAGAACAAGGUCUAGGCAGUGGUGCUAUGUGGGGACAUUGAGACAAACCAAUCUUUUGUACUUCCACUUUCCAGCACUCUUUCAUAGUGGUACACACUUGAGGUGUAGCUAGCAUAGCAAAGCUUUUGAUUCAACUUCAGUUUUAAAACUACUGGGUUCAAUAAUUAGGCAGUGUUUAAAAAGGGCGUUGGAUGUAUGCGUCUCCCUCCUAACCAUGGUAUGCAAUGGUGUUGCCACUGAGAUGACUCUAAGGUGGGAAUUAAAAGCACACUGGGGAAUGGUCCAGUGAUCAGGAGCCUGAACCUCUGCAGAGGACCAGAGUUUGGUUCCCAGCACCACCCAUAUUAGAUAGCUCACAACUCCGUGUUAACCUCAGCUCCAGGGGCAAGUGAUGCCUCUGCACUCACAUGCCCACGUUCUUAAACAUGAAUUCGGAAGUACAGUGGGAAAGGCGAGAGCCUAGCAUUCUGGGUUAACCCUUACCCAGAGCCCACCAGUGAGGAGCUGGGGCCACAAUUCAAUAGAAGAGCACUUGCCAAGAACCCCUCAGGUCUGGUUUAGUGGAGUACCUGCCUGUCAUGUCUGAGGCCUCAGAUUCUCUCCCUACUGGAAGGAAAGAAGCAAAAUCACCAGGCUUUAAAGACAAUAUCAAAUGCAAGACAUUGUGUGUUGAAAUAUUCUAUAUAUAAUGGUUAAUAAAAAUGAUUUAUUUCACCUGU